CAACGGAGAGGAUUACUGGUACAAACAAUCAUUGGAAGCUAACGGCAGUUCCCUUCCGUUCCCUCUUCUUCUUCGUUCUUCUUAUUUUUGUUUUUAUGUAGUGGUGGUGAGUGGAGAGAGACGCGCCAAACCGCGCUGUGUUAUAGUAUUUAUCCGAUUCCUUCGUCUCCCCUGCACUGUCUUCUUUCGGCCGGCCUUCCGCGGUGGACACCUGUACCGUUGCUUGCCGGCGCGGUGUGGGUUCCUUCUCCACCCAAUUCCCCCUCUUCCCAACUUACAGCAACCAACCAACACAAAGAGAAAGAAACAGCUACCGAAACUAAAGAGGACUCGGUUCUUGUAAUUGGGUGAUCAGGGAUUUCUGUGGCUGCCGGCUGUUCCCUUGAUAUAGUGUUCAAAUAGGCAAGAUGAGUACUGUAUAUGGGAGCGCCAUGGCCAGCGUCUCCUCUCUCAAAUUGAGCUGCGUGGACAAUAAAGCUGCUGGUGGACUUGGCUUCAGAGGCAGUGAAUCAAUGGGCAAUUCUCUCAAAUUCCAUUCCGUUAAUCUUGCGACCACCAGAUACAGGAACAAUUGUUCUGCUCCCUUGAAGGUAGUGUGCGUUGACUACCCAAGACCCGACCUUGACAGCACCGCCAAUUUCUUGGAAGCUGCUUAUUUCUCUGCCUCCUUCCGCUCUUCCCCUCCCCCACCUAAGCCCCUGAAGGUUGUCAUUGCUGGUGCAGGUUUAGCUGGUUUAGCAACAGCAAAGUAUUUGGCAGAUGCAGGCCACAAGCCUAUAUUACUAGAAGCCAGAGAUGUUCUGGGAGGAAAGGUGGCUGCCUGGAAAGAUGAUGAUGGUGACUGGUACGAGACUGGCUUGCACAUUUUCUUUGGGGCAUACCCAAAUAUACAGAACCUAUUUGGAGAACUUGGCAUUAAUGAUAGAUUGCAAUGGAAAGAGCAUUCCAUGAUAUUCGCUAUGCCAAACAAGCCAGGAGAAUUUAGCAGAUUUGACUUUCCUGAAGUUCUCCCUGCUCCAUUAAAUGGGAUAUUAGCCAUCCUAAAGAACAAUGAAAUGCUCACUUGGCCCGAGAAAAUCAAGUUUGCCAUUGGCCUCCUACCUGCAAUGCUUGGUGGGCAGGCUUAUGUUGAAGCUCAAGAUGGUCUUAGUGUUCAGGAUUGGAUGAUAAAGCAGGGGGUACCUGAUCGAGUGACUACUGAGGUGUUCAUUGCCAUGUCCAAGGCGCUAAACUUUAUUAAUCCAGAUGAACUCUCAAUGCAGUGUAUUCUGAUUGCUUUGAACCGAUUCCUUCAGGAGAAGCAUGGGUCAAAGAUGGCAUUUUUAGAUGGUAAUCCUCCAGAAAGGCUAUGCAAGCCCAUUGCUGACCAUAUUGAGUCAUUGGGUGGUGAAGUCCGCACUAACUCGCGGAUAAAGAAAAUUGAGCUCAACAAUGAUGGAACAGUGAAGAGCUUUUUGAUGACCAAUGGAAAUGUGAUUGAAGGAGAUGCAUAUGUGUUUGCCACUCCAGUUGAUAUCCUGAAGCUUCUUCUACCUGAUGAUUGGAAGGAGAUGCCAUACUUCAAGAAACUAGAAAAAUUAGUUGGAGUACCUGUCAUCAACGUUCACAUAUGGUUUGACAGGAAACUGAAGAACGUGUAUGAUCACCUACUCUUCAGCAGGAGUCCUCUUCUGAGUGUAUAUGCUGACAUGUCUGUUACCUGUAAGGAAUAUUACGACCCCAAUAAAUCCAUGCUAGAGUUGGUGUUUGCACCUGCCGAGGAAUGGAUAACACGCAGUGACUCGGAGAUUAUUGAUGCUACAAUGAAUGAACUUGCAAAGCUCUUCCCAGAUGAAAUAUCUGCAGACCAGAGCAAGGCCAAAAUCUUGAAGUAUCAUGUAGUGAAAACUCCGAGGUCUGUCUACAAGACCGUACCAGAUUGUGAACCUGCUCGCCCAUUGCAAAGAUCUCCGAUCGAGGGGUUCUAUUUGUCCGGUGACUACACAAAACAGAAAUAUUUGGCAUCCAUGGAAGGUGCUGUGCUAUCCGGGAAGCUUUGUGCACAGGCCAUUGUCCAGGCAAGUACUUCUCAUCCAAUGGGUUCAGACUACGAGUUACUUGCUACUACGGAACAGAAGGCACUGACUGAGGCUACUGUGAGUUUAUGAUUAAAUGAUGAAUGAAGCCUCGCAGCAGUUGCGGAAGGUAGGAAGUGAUUCAAUAACAAGAAGCAGUAAAAUGUAUCUAUGGUUAAGUCUUAAGACACGUUUGUUGUGGUUAGGAAGUGAAUCAGAGUCUGUUUGUAUCAGCAAGCAAGGCUCAGAGCCAAGUAGACCAUUCUUUCUCAACCAAAAUGUAUACAAACAAACACUGCUGUGUAAGACCUCAGUGAAUGAAAACGUCUGUGAUGAUUGAAGAGAAAAGUAUGUGCC